AUGUCUGCAAAUAGCGAAUUUCAAAGCGUCACCGAAUCGGCCACAGCCCCAACCACGAAUAAUCCAUAUGGCCCCAACCCUGCGGAUUACCUUUCCAACGUCAAGAAUUUCCAACUGAUUGAUUCAACCCUAAGAGAAGGUGAACAAUUUGCCAAUUCUUUCUUUGACACUGAAAAGAAGAUCGAAAUCGCCAAGGCCUUGGACGACUUCGGUGUGGACUACAUCGAGUUGACUUCUCCCGUGGCUUCCGAACAAUCCAAGAAGGACUGUGAAGCCAUCUGUAAACUAGGAUUGAAGGCCAAGAUCCUAACGCAUAUCCGUUGUCACAUGGACGAUGCCAGAGUUGCCGUGGAGACCGGUGUGGACGGUGUCGAUGUGGUUAUCGGCACUUCCAAGUUCUUGAGACAGUAUUCCCACGGUAAAGACAUGAACUACAUUGCCAAGAGUGCCGUCGAAGUCAUUGAGUUCGUCAAAUCCAAGGGUAUUGAAAUCAGAUUCUCUUCGGAAGAUUCGUUUAGAAGUGACUUGGUCGACCUGUUGAACAUCUACAAGACCGUUGACAAGAUCGGUGUAAAUAGAGUCGGUAUCGCCGAUACUGUUGGGUGUGCCAA